AUGAGCACAGCAGAACGUGUCCCUCUCAUUGAGAACGAAGAACAACCUACUCAAUUUUGUUCAAGAAAACAAUUUGAUAAUGAUUGUGAUACAGUUGAUGAGUCUUGGAAAUUGACUAAGAACAUUUUCACUAAAACAUCAACAAGAAAUGCUAAACUGAAAAAGUUUUAUGAAAAACAGAAUGAAUUUGUUGAUUCUCUCUUUAAAGAAACUCCUGAUAAUAAAGAUGAAAUUACUAAUCAUAGGACAAAAAUAGCAAUUUAUGGAAGUUUUAUUGUGAAUGUUUGUUUAUGUCUUAUAAAAAUUGUUGCAGCUGUAAUGUCUGGAUCAUUAACAGUUAUUGCAAGUACAUUAGAUUCAUGUUUGGAUAUUAUUUCUAGUGGAGUUAUGUUUAUUACUGCAUUACUUAUGAGAAAAAGAAAUAUUUAUAAAUAUCCUGUUGGUAAAAAGAGAAUGGAACCUUUAGGUGUUAUUGUUUUUGCUACAGCAAUGUUUACUGCAACAAUUCAAUUAUUAACAAAUGCAACUAAAACACUUAUAUCUGGAACAUCUGAUUUUGAGAUGUUAAUAUUUCCUAUAUGUGUAAUUGGGGUAACAAUAUUUUUCAAAUGUUGUUUAUAUUUAUAUUGUAGAACAGUUAAUAAUCCAUCUGCAUCUGCAUUAGCUGAUGAUCAUAGAAAUGAUAUCUUAACUAAUACAUUUGGACUUUGUAUGUCAGUAGUUGGAUAUUAUUAUUUUUGGUGGUUAGAUGCUGUUGGUGGAAUUGUUUUAUCAUUUUAUAUUAUGAUUAAUUGGUUCUUUACAUUAUUGGAAUAUCUUUCUAUUAUGUCUGGUAAAGCAGCUCCUAAAGAAUUUAUCUCUCAAAUAAUUGUAAUUUGUUGGAACCAUGACCCAAGAAUUAAGGCAAUUGACACUGUUCGUGCAUCCCACUUAUCAAUGGGAUAUAUGGUUGAAGUGGAUAUUGUUUUAGCAGAAAAUAUGACAUUAAUAGAAGCUCAUGAUAUUGGUGAGUCUUUACAAAUGAGAUUAGAGAAGCAUCCAAAUGUUGAUCGUGCUUUUGUUCAUUUAGAUUAUAAUGAUGAUCAUGAUGUAUUAAAUGAGCAUGAAAUUAAUAAUUAA